AUGGUGGACAGGGAGACGGAGAAGUUAUCUGCGAAGAUUGUGGUAAAUGGACAGGUUGUGCGGGAUGUGCAAGAAAAUGUGCAGGAGAUUGUGCUGCAAAAUUUUGUGCCUACUGAGGUACCAAAGGAUGUGCCUGCGGCAUUGAGCAAGGGUGUGAUGGUGCAAGUUAUGGUGCAGAAUGGAGUUUUGCAUGAGGAAGCAAUGAGUAAUGUUCAGUGCAAUGAGGCGGAGGGUGAGGAGCUUAGGUGCAAUGGUGCUCGAUGCAGUCUGGUGUUGCAUGAAAUGAUGGUCAGUCCUGUUGAGUUGGGUAGUCCUGUUUUGACGUCCAACUUGGGGGAAAUUCCGUUGGUAUUGGGGACUAAGGGCUACGAGUCAGACGUGGAAACGAGUCAUAUUUCUAGAACACCAAAGGAGCUAAGAGAAGAGGUUCGUAUGCCUGAACUUGGUAGUUUCCUUAAUUUUCCUCAUUGGUGUUCUAAUGUGGUUGACGGAGAUAACAAAAGAAUUCUUGUUUCAUUUGUCUAUGCUAAAUGUUCUCAAGUUAACAGAAGAGGUUUAUGGAGGGAACUCGCCGAGGUUCAGGUGGUGGAGCAACCCUGGGUUGUUGUGGGGGAUUUUAAUAUCAUUCGGAAUGACUCGGAUCGUAUUGGUGGCAAUCCUCAACCUCUGGCUUCUAUGGAAGAGUUUAAUGACUGCCUUGAUCAGUGUGGCCUUAUUGAUCUUUCCAGUCGUGGGAAUCAUAUGUCUUGGUGUAAUGGGCAUGAGGGGAGUUCUAGAAGCUGGGCUAAACUGGAUAGGACAGUCAUUAAUAAUGCUUACACCACUCAGUUUCUUUAUGCGCAUCUGGAGUAUCUAAAAAGGAAAACUUCCGACCAUUGCCCGAUGGUUGUGCAUUUUGAUAGGCCUCAUUCUUCAUAUGGUCCUUCCCCUUUCAGGUUUCAAAAUAUGCGGUACUCUCAUGAUGGUUUUUUGGCUUAUGUUGAAGAGGCAUUGAAUAGACCGGAUUUGGCAACAGGUCUUUUGAAACUGGCUAUACGUCUCAAGAGAACCAAGUUGGCCUUACGAGCUUGGAAUAAAAAUACUUUUGGUAAGGUGGAGGAUGUUGAAGCUGAUUAUUUAGUGACAAAAAUUGAGCUGGAAUGUUGGGAGCAAAGGGAGGCUACACGCCCUAGUCAAAUUGCUAAGAAGACUUGGUUAACUGAGGGUGAUCAGAAUACUCGUUUCUUUCAUUCGGUUAUAAACAAGCGGCGCAAGCAAGGGUUUAUUUCCCAUAUUGUGCUCCCGGAUGUGAGUGUCUUAGAGACGGCCGAGGCUGUACACCAAGGUGCUGCUAAUUAUUUUCAUGAUUUUCUUACAGGAGGCACGAGGGUGGAGCUUGUAGAUUUGUCUCCAUUAAUUAGUGCAAAGAUCUCGGAGGUGGAAAAUGAGAUACUAUGUAUGAUGCCGUCUGAGGAGGAAGUUAAAGAUGCAAUUAAUUCCAUUCCUAAGUAUAGUAGUCCUGGCCCUGAUGGGUUUGGUUCAGCUUUCUAUAUUGAGUGCUGGGAUAUUAUUAAAAAGGAUGUGAUAGAGGCGGCGAGUGAAUUCUUUAGUGGGGUGCCAUUGCCCAGGUUUUUCUCCUCCUCAUUUAUUGUUCUUAUUCCAAAAGUUCAGGUUCCAACGACUUUUGAUAAAUUUCGUCUUAUAAGUCUCUGCUCAGUGGCCUAUAAGAUUUUUUCAAAAAUCCUUGCUAAAAGAAUGACGCGGAUUAUUCACAAGAUUGUUUCUCCCGAACAAGGUGCUUUUGUGCCUGGUAGAAGUAUCUUUGAAAAUAUUACGCUUGCUCAGGAAAUGGUUUAUUCCUUGAAUAAGGAAGUUUUGGGUGGCAACGUGAUGGUUAAAAUUGAUAUGGCCAAGGCCUAUGAUUGUGUUGAUUGGGCCUUUUUAAUAGAGGUUUUAAAAGCUUUUGGUUUCUCCUCCGAUGAUCUAUUGAUUUUUGUGAAUGGUGGUAAACGGUCCAUUAAGAGACUUGUCGAGAUUCUUAGUGUUUAUGAAGGAAGAUUAACGACUAGAAUCAUUAAGCCUUUUGUGGAGAAAGUACAGAAGAAGGUAGCAGGUUGGAAAUUCAAGCUACUUUCUCAAGGUGGCAGAUUAAUCCUUCUGAGGCAUGUGCUUGCGAGUAUGCCUGUUCAUAUUCUAUAUGUGAUUAAUGUGCCAUUGACUUCCAUUGCUCGUAUCAAUUCCCUGUUAUCGAGUUUUUUCUGGGGGCAAGUCAAUGGGAUUAAAAAGAUGAAAUGGAGAGCUUGGCCGAAACUGUGUUUGCCAACGGGGGAGGGUGGUUUGGGUGUGAAAAUUUUCAACGAGGUUCAACUUGCCUUUCAUAUGAAAUUUGCUUUUAGAUUGAUGGCCACUAAUUCUCUGUGGACGGAGUUUUUCCGUUUAAAGUACUUUAAGGACAGACAUUUUUCUUUAGUUGCUGGGAGUCCUCGAGGGUCUCGUUUAUGGAGGUCCAUUUUAUCCUUCCUGCCUGAGGUAUACAAUAAUGUCAAAGUUAUUGUACGAGGAGGCAACGCUUCAUUUUGGUAUGACAGGUGGUUAGCUUCGGGGCCACUUGCUGUGCAGGUAGAGGACAUUGUUAAUUCUACUCUUCGGAUAAAUGAUUGUUGGUGUAAUGACGCUUGGGAUGUGGAUCGUUUGCUAGAACUUGUUGGGGAGAAUACAACUUGA